UCAUCCAGCCACCAGCCAAUGGUAGGACGCGCUACGACGGAGCGCUGCGGGAAGAGCCUGUGGAGUCGGAGCGGUGUGGAGGACUGAGGCGGCGGUAAGCUGACCACUGCUGGAGAGCUCAUGGAAGGAAAUAAAAAUGCAGGUGACAAAAAAGACAAACUGGCCGACCAGAUAAUGCAGAACCCUCAAGUUCUCGCUGCUCUGCAGGAGAGACUUGACAGCGUUUCUCACACUCCGUCAAGUUACAUUGAAACUUUACCUAAAGCGGUAAAGCGAAGAAUCAAUGCCUUGAAACAGCUCCAGGGGAAGUGUGCUCACAUAGAAGCCAAUUUCUAUGAGGAGGUUCACGUGUUGGAGAGGAAGUAUGCCGCCCUGUAUGAACCUCUCUUUGAGAAGAGAAUGUUCAUUGUUACGGGAGAGGUGGAGCCGACAGAUGAUGAAUGUGAAUGGCACAGCGGUGGCGAGGAGGAAGACAAAGAAAAAUUAGCGGAGGAUUUUAAAAAAAAGAUGACUAUUUCUGAGACGCCGAGUGCAGAGGAUGCCAAAGGAAUCCCUGACUUCUGGCUGACCAUUUUUAAGAAUGUAGACAUGAUCAAUAUAUCUUUACAGGAACAUGAUGAGCCAAUAUUAAAACAUUUGCAGGAUGUGAAAGUGACAUUUUCUGAGCCAGGACAGCCGAUGUCUUUCACAUUAGAGUUCCUCUUCGAGCCCAAUGAGUUUUUCACUAAUACGUCGCUGACAAAAACCUACAAAAUGAAAUCUGAGCCGGAAUCUGCUGACCCCUUUUCCUUUGAGGGACCUGAAAUCAUUGACUGUGAAGGGUGCACUAUCGACUGGAAAAAGGGCAAAAACAUUACUGUCAAAACAAUAAAAAAGAAGCAGAAGCACAAGGGACGGGGCACUGUACGGACUAUAACGAAACAAGUCCCCAACGAGUCCUUCUUUAACUUCUUCAGCCCCAUCAAAGCAGCCAGCGAGGAAGAGGAAAUGGAUGAAGAGAUGGAAAACUCUCUAGCGGCCGAUUUUGAGCUUGGUCACUUUUUCCGGGAAAGAAUAGUCCCCCGAGCCGUUCUUUAUUUUACCGGAGAAGCAAUUGAGGAUGAAGACAGUUUUGAAGAGGGUGAAGAAGGAGAGGAGGAGGAGAUGGAAGGGGAAGAGGAGUGUGAGGAAGAUGAAGACGAGCCAGCAAAGAAAGAAGCAGUUCAACCUGCAGAGUGUAAACAGCAGUGAUGGCAACAAGAUGGCGGACACAUCGCUAGAGUUAAAAUUUUCCAGAUCUUCAGGAUUCUACCGUGCUGCAGCAAAUUUUAGGUCAAAGCUCAAUCAUUUAUUUUUUUUAUUAUUGCAUGAUUUUUUUUUUUUUCGUUUUUUAUUUCUCCCUUUUUUCAGGCUCACUUCUAAGCUGUAUUAGAAUUUUUUGAUCAUAUUGGGUACUCCUAGAACAGAAGCACAGCCUAAGUCCACACACUGUAUUUUUUUUAAAUUUUCUUUCUUUAUCCCUGUUUUUGUUACUUUUUUUUUUAUUUGGAUACAUUAUU